AUGUCCGAUAAAGAACCCAUGAAAGCUUUACUAUCGAUCCUGUCGCAUGUUGUUCACGGAUAUGUCGGUAAUAGGGCAACAGUUUUCCCAUUGCAAUAUACAGGGUGGGAUGUUGAUGCUAUAAACACCACAAAUUAUUCGAAUCAUCCUGGAUAUGGAUCAUUAACUGGAAUUGCAACAUCUCCAGAUUUGAUACAAGAUAUCAUUCAAGGAUUACAGAAGAUCUUAAAUUUCAAGGUGACUUAUGAUAUAAUACUAACUGGGUAUACACCCAAUGCAAGGGUUUUAACUGUGGUUAAAGAUGAAUUAAUUAAAUCGAUUCAAGAUAAAAAUCAAUCCAGUAAGAAACCACAUUGGGUUGUUGACCCAGUAUUGGGUGAUAAUGGAAAGAUUUACGUUGAUGAAAAAGUCAUUCCCGUGUAUAAGGAAAUUUUCUCUACUGGGUUAGUUUCGUUGAUUACUCCAAAUCAAUUUGAAUUUGAAACAUUGUGUGGGGUUAAAAUAAAUACAUGGGAGGAUGUCAAAUCUGCAAUUGAAGAAUUUAGAAACGACUAUGAUAUUGAAAAUAUUGUGAUUUCAUCUGUAUCCAUAAACAACAAGUUAUAUUGUGUGGGAUCUACCAAAAAGAGUACAUUUUAUAUUCCAAUAAAUCAAAUAGAUUGUAAUUUUAAUGGGUGUGGUGAUUUAUUUACAGCAUUAAUGGCAAAUGAGUUUUAUAAUUAUGAAUAUAGUAUAAAUCCAGAAAUGUUGAAUGAUGUCCUGACUAAAUUAAACAAGAUUCUUGAGUUUAGUUUCAAAGAUGAGAUUCAACAAACAGGUGAGGAACCAAGUGUGGUUAAGGAUAUUAGAAUAGUUGCAGCUAAGGAGUAUUUAACGAUAGAUUAUAAGCUGGAUAAUGGUGUAGUAUAUAUAUAG